AUGCCUUCCCUGCCUAUCCCCGAUGGCGGCAUAUCGCUGGGGACCUCCCGCCAGGAGGCCGCCAGAUCUGGUCCCGCGAUGGAGGUCGUGGGCCUCUCCCUCGCCGAUAGCGUCAUCGAGGAGAUGAUCAAAUGUGUGCAGCAUGGAAAACCAAUACAAUUGUCCUUGGGGGAACAUCCGAGUAUAUCCUACGGGACGAGAACCCAGCACCUUUCAACCUCCGUCGACCCCUUCACCCACGAACUCUAUCGCUCUACAGAAUCAGAUCCUCAAUCCCCCCCAAGUCCAUCCACGAUGUCGGCCCAACCCCAAUACGUCAAGAAAAGCAACCACACCCACCCCCUCUUCAUUUCGAACUUCCAUGCCAAGUUCGGUAUCAAACUUUUCAGACCUACCCCGAAACCUGGUUCCAAGCCUGCUCCCGUCACACCGGUCCCCGACCCUAUUAGCGAAUCUACGGAUGCUGCCCUGGCGCAAUUGCAGGCCUCUUUGGCUUCAGAGAAUGCGAGGAAGAAGGAGAAUACCACCAAAUUCAUUAGGGAGGGCCUUCCGGUUCCAGGUCAGCGAGGCGCAAAGCUGAGCAAGAAGAACAAUAAGCUCUUGUCCCAAAGCACUGGACGAUCGAUGCCCUCCAGCCCAGCUGUCUCGGGUGUCGGUUCACCUGCCCUCGGUGCCACACCCACCCCCGCCCCCCUCUCCCAAGUCCAACAACAGGCAGAGCACCUCAAGGCCUCGCGCAAGCCAGUCAUCCAUUUGUUGGCCCUUGACCCGAUGACCGAGGAUGCGCUCGAGGCUGCUCUACCCAAGCUCAGCAAAAGCGACCUCAAGCAAGCAUUGCAGAAAGUGGGCGAUCUGAACGAGACGACCGGCAAAUGGGAGCUGAGGAAGCUCUGGUUCAAAGAGCUGGAUGUUUGGACCUUCAAGUACUCCAGCCGCGAGGAUCGCCAGCGGGUCAUUGACAAUGCUGUUAAGCAGUAUGACAAGAUGAGACUGGGCUACUCGGACCCUGAGUGGGACCGGCUCUUGCCGAAGUCGGAACGCGGAUCUGGAAAGUGCUUGAGUAAGCUCCAAGGUCAGAUUCGCCAGGUGGGAAAUCCAAUGCCACCCAAAAAGGUCAAGGUUCAGAAGGAUGAUAAAUCUGGACGCGACACAUCGGGCAGCGAGGAUUUGUUUGAUGAGAAACCUGCACCCAAGGGAAAGGGGGAGGGGGCGAAAUCCGCGUCGCAGGGCCUUGGCAGCAAGGUGAAGAAGCCCAGCGAGAAGGAAGCUCAGGCCAAACGAUUGCUCUCCAAGAAUCCAACCCAGGCCAAGGCAACACCAGCCCCCGUUAAGAAGGAGAAGCAGCCCAAGGCAGGAACCAAAGUCCUCUCGACCGAAUUCGUUUUGGACUCGGAUGAAGAAGAUACCUACAUGCCCGCAACCAAGCCGCUUCCUAGACCAAUUGACAAGAAGAAGCGCUCUCGCGACGAAGAAGAUGAGACGAGCGAUUCGAGCAUCCCACUGAGCAAGAAAGUGAAGAAGGACGUUGUCGCGACCUCGCACCGAAUCUCCGAUGCCAGCCAAUCUUCGCGCCUCACCAACACCUCGACUCACUCCUCUGCCUCAACCAAGGGCAAGAACACCUCUCCCCAGAAGUCAUCGCCACUUGCCUCCUCUCCCCCUACCAAUGCAUCCGAAUUCGACAACUCCUCCGGAAACCGCACCGUAUCCUCCUCGUCCGCUUCCCCUGCGGCCCAUGCCAACCUCAAAGGCUCUCGUUCCCCAAUCCAGAAGCGUCACCAAAAGUCCUCAUCCGUUACCUCGUCCACUUCAUCCAAUAGCUCUACCCGCUACUUGAAGCCGGAGGUUGUUGACUUGGCGCGCAAGUACCGAAGCUUCUACCCCACCUACGAGGCCCUGCACCGCGAGAUCGCCAACGCCAAACCAGGAUCCCGGAACAGCGAGAAGGAGAACGAAUUGCUGGAUAUGCACUCGCGCCUUGCGGCUAUGAAGCGCAAAAUUGUAGCUGGUAUUGUUGAGGUUUAA